UAAAUGGGUUGUUUUACUAUUAGAAGCCAAUUAGAAGCCAUCUAUGGCCAGGUGAAACACUAACGAGAUUACAUGCUCCUCGUUCUACAUUCAAUUUUAAGGAUGAUAUGGAGGUAUUUUCCCCUCUUGUGGAUGUUCAUCCUAUUACACCCUCGCUGGAUAAGCUGUGGGAUGGUCAUGAUGGUGCAAAAAAAGAGCACCUACCCAAUAUAAGAAGCCAUCCUCCCUACUGUUUCCUUCUAGCAGGAGGUUUGCUUUUGCUGAUGAUGGAGCCAGUGAUCACCAUUACUUGAUUGAAAGUCCAGUUCAAUGUCUCAACAGAUUUUUUGCUUUUUGCUUGUUUAUUAUUGAUGACAGUAAUGCAUAACAUAUUUAUUUUGAUUUUUUUUGUACAAGAUAUUACUUUAAAUCUCCAUGGUAAUGUUCUGCUAGUUUCAUGCAAGUAUAUGAGUUGAUCCUAAGUUGUCAUUUUUGCAUAGGAUGGGAAUUUGCUUUUUUUGUGCAUUAUGUUGUAUGUUUGGAGCAUUAUGCAUGCUUGUAUUAACAAGUCCAAUAGAUCAACAGUGUUUUAGUAUGGCUUUGCAUGUUUUGAGGAUUUCUCUGAUUUACAAUAUAAUUGCAGACAACUUUUUAUCAUCUGCAGUGGGAUGUCAUUUCCAACAACUUUCAUUUCUCUUAAUAAAUGAAUUAGCUGAGCUUGAUUCACAGGCUGUUAUAUCCUAUGUUCUUUAGUCAUAGAACUGUUUCUGAUACUUAAUUUGGUUUUUUGAGAGCAAUUGAUAUGGCCUUUCAGUCUUUUUUCCCCAUAAUGAAGUUUGUACACCACUUAUCUUCACAGGAUGUGACGAAGUCUUUUACAGCGUUGGAAUCUACCCCUACACCAUCUCCCAAGAGUGAAGAGACCUCCAUCACUCCUCCAGAAGCUUGGGAUGGUUAGAAGAUAUCAGACAAAUUUGCUCACCUUCGCCAGCUGCCAUCUCGUUUUGGGAUGCAAGCUUCUGGUGGUCUGACAACGAGCUCUAUUUAUGCUGGACAAGAUCAGUCUUCAAUGCUCAGUCAGACCAGUUCUAACCUAGCUAUGAAAAUUUGCACACGAAAGAUGUCUCUUCAAAUCAGGAGACUUCUUCAUUGGGAUUUCCUGAACAUUUCUCCUCGAGCUCCAUGUCUGCUUUAUCUUUUGGUUCAAAAGGCAUUACUAGAGCUGGCAGCCUUGACUCACCAAAACUAGCUUCUUUAGCACCGCCUCGAAGGUUUUUGACAUAUGCCGAGAGAAUUAGUACUACAUCUGCAUUUAGUGAUGGAACAUCCCAUUUGGUGGCUUCUCCAAAAACAAAAGGAAACAGGAGCUGAAACCAGAGAAAAGCGGUUUAAUAGCCUGUUAUUGAGGUCUGAUUCUUUGACUGCAGCGGCCUCAGGAGUUCUUCCAGCAAUGAAUGGAGGAACAUUACAACCCCCCAAAGCAUCUCAACAAGAUCCCCAACAAGGAAGCAACUUUACUCUUCAGCUAUUUCAACGAAUUCUAGAAGAAACCCUCGAUUCAUUUCAGAAAUCCCUUCAUGGAGAUAUGAGAAACUUGCAUAUUGAAAUUUUAAGACAAUUCCACAUGCAGGAGAUGGAGAUGUCUCGUGUGAUGAGCUCCAUAUUACAGAACCAAGCUGAACUGAUGGAAGAGGUUAAGUCUCUCCGGAAAGAAAAUCAGCAGCUUCGUCAAUUGCUUUGAGCGCUGAUUAAACAACAUUAUCGUGUGAGGUUAGUGAAUGCCUCUUCUGAUCACAUUGCCGUAACUUCUGUUUCAUCAGUAGGCUUGUCUCAUAUCAGAGUAAAACUGCUUACAAAUGUGAGGCUAAGAUUUUUACUUUUCAGAAACAUGUAUAUAAAUGCUUCUCGGUUGAUUGAAAAUGAAGCAUUUAACACGAUUAUCUUAGUACAUAGAGUUCCCUGAAUUUAAUGCAUUUUGAUUUGUGUAACCUUAUUAAAACAAGUCUUCAAUAGAAAGUUGAGUAGCUACUCUGUUAUUGUUUA